AUGGGUGAUGAGGCAGAGCAGCCCAAUGCCGCAGAGGAAGGCGAUCCCAAGGCGCAGGGCGAGAAGACAGAAGAGGUGAACCUCGAGGUGAAGGAUGCUAAGGGCGAUGUCGUGGAAGUUGAGGAUGACGAUGAGGCUGACAAAGGGGAGAGGCAGAAGAAAGCACGCACGGUGGCGGUCUCAGCCUCCAAGGAAGAAGCUUCAACCAACGGAGACGCGAAGGAGGCUGGUGAAAGAUAUUUGGCCGUGCGUCACCUCCCUUCUGCGGCAAAGCACCGAGACUGGUUCGACAAGUAUGGCUCUGCCGGCAAGAUCCAACACGUCUCAUUUUUUGGCCGCAGCGGUGAUCCCCUCUCCGCGGUACUGGAGGCAGCAACGUCCGCAGAAGCAGCAGCGCUGGUCAAGGAACUGAACGGCUUGGAGGUCGAUGGAGCGACUGUUGACGCCAAGCUGAUUGAUCAG